AUGUGUGAUAAUAAAAUUCUAUCCAAGUUAGCAGAUAUCCCUUUAGCAAAACCUGGCUUUGAUGCACUGGGCAUAACAGCUCCUGUAAUGGUAGCGUUGAAUCCUGAAGGUAAAUGGGAGAAGAAACCACCAGGAAAUUUGGAUGAAGAUCGGUUGAAGGCCAUAAUCGCUCAUUUAGUGAAGUCUAACGCGGUAUCUGCGGCACAAAGCUACUGUUGCCAAUGUUGUGAGGACAGUCAGAAUGGAGGCGGAAAAUCAAAUUACGUGCCAGUGAUAAUGAUGCCAAUAUACCCCGCUGAUCAAUGCCCCUUCGAUUUGGAAUGUGAAGCUCAAAAAUUAAAAGAAAAUGAAACCAAAUCGCCAAAGAAAACCAAAGGCCACGAACAGCCGAAGGACUCCGAAAAAGAGAAAGCUGCUAAAAAACCAAAGAAACGCACUUUUGUUAUGCAACGACUCACAGAUUUUGAUUUACUCUCGCAAUGGUGA